AUGACGCACAAACGGUUCGCUUGUUACCGCCGCAUUGCUUGUUACACAUGGCAAUGGAGUAGGCGCGAAGGAUCUACCGAUAGUCAACUAGCAGCUGCGUAUGUACCGAUAGUAGUCGGUGUGACCACACAAUCUGUGGGACGGCCUAUAACGGAUGGUCGUCUCCCACAAUCAGGUUCCGGAGCUGCGGGAAGGCAGCGGAUGCCAUCGCCUCCAGGGCCUUAUCGAGGCGCACACGCAGACGCAGCAACUGCAGCGCCGAGUAAAAACAAAAGGCCGGCACCUCCCCUCCCCCCAGACAAACCGCACAUGCGCAUGCACAUGCACUCAGCCGGAUCUCGUCCAAGCGAUGGUGGUGUGGGAAUACCAAACCUAGUCUGA